UCCGCUGGGCAGCGGACGGUGUCCUCCUGCGAGCGCCGGAGUGGGGCUGGAGGCGGGGCCGGGGCGCGGUGCGGGGACGCCCUGCCCGGCGUUCCACGGGGCUGUUCCGGGCUCUGCGCCCACAGGUGAGGCCUCGCGCCGAGGCCGCCGUACCCCAGGACCGAGGGUGUGGCUGUACGUGGGAGGAAGUGACAGGAAGACGAUCAGACAGCAGGGUCAUGGCCGGAAAAGUGAAAUGGGUCACUGACAUCGAGAAGUCGGUGCUGAUAAACAAUUUUGAGAAGAGAGGCUGGGUCCAGGUGGCAGAGAGCGAGGACUGGAAUUUUUACUGGAUGAGCGUGCAGACCAUCCGAAACGUCUUCAGCGUCGAAACUGGCUACCGGCUCUCAGACGACCAAAUAGUCAACCAUUUUCCCAACCACUAUGAGCUGACCCGGAAGGACCUGAUGGUGAAGAACAUUAAGAGAUACAGGAAAGAGCUGGAGAAAGAAGGGAGUCCUCUGGCAGAAAAGGAUGAGAACGGGAAAUACCUCUACCUGGACUUCGUGCCGGUCACCUACAUGCUGCCGGCCGACUACAACCUGUUCGUGGAGGAGUUCCGGAAGAGCCCCUCCAGCACCUGGAUCAUGAAGCCCUGCGGCAAAGCACAGGGCAAGGGCAUCUUCCUGAUUAACAAGCUCUCGCAAAUCAAGAAGUGGUCCCGGGACAGCAAGACGUCUUCGUUCGUGUCUCAGUCCACCAAGGAGGCCUAUGUGAUCUCGCUCUACAUCAGCAACCCGCUGCUCAUCGGCGGCAGGAAGUUCGACCUGCGCUUGUACGUCCUGGUGUCCACGUACCGCCCGCUGCGCUGCUACAUGUAUAAGCUGGGCUUCUGCCGCUUCUGCACUGUGAAGUACACCCCCAGCACCAGUGAGCUGGACAACAUGUUCGUCCACCUCACCAACGUCGCCAUCCAGAAACACGGGGAGGACUAUAACCACAUCCACGGGGGCAAGUGGACCGUGAGCAACCUGCGGCUGUACCUGGAGAGCACCCGAGGCAGGGAGGUGACCAGCAAGCUGUUCGACGAGAUCCACUGGAUCGUCGUGCAGUCGCUGAAGGCUGUGGCGCCGGUGAUGAACAAUGACAAGCACUGCUUCGAGUGCUACGGUUACGACAUCAUCGUCGACGACCGGCUGAAGCCCUGGCUGAUAGAGGUUAACGCCUCCCCGUCUCUCACCUCCAGCACCGCCAACGACCGGAUCCUGAAGUAUAACCUGAUCAAUGACACCCUCAACAUCGCCGUCCCCAACGGCGAAAUCCCGGACUGCAAGUGGAACAAGUCCCCCCCAAAGGAAGUCCUCGGCAACUACGAAAUCCUCUACGACGAGGAGCUGGCGCAGGCCGACGGGGCCGACCGGGAGCUGAGGGGUCGUUCGGGCCCGGCGGCCGGGCCCAAGGGAGGCCGGGGGAGAGACUCGGGGAGAGACUCGGGGAGAAACGCCCUCACCACCUGGAAGUGACCCCAGCGAGGGCAGGACUGCAGCCUGGACCCGCCACUCACUGCGCCCAGGCCUCACCGAAGACCCGUUUUGAAAUUUCCUUUUUCUAGAGUUUUUUUUUCUUUCCCAAGCCCUGUAAAUAAAUAAAGGCACUUCUUUGG